AUGGGAGCUCGGCCUGGGGAAGCUCAGUCUCCCCUCGAUCAGCAACGUCAACAACAACAACAGCAGCAGCAUCAUCAUCAGGGCCAUGGAAACGACAGCGACAUCGUCAACACCGAAACCGACGACAACCCCAACAAUGACGACGAUCCGCCAACCACUGCCGCCGCCGCCGCAGGCCACGAAUCCGAGUCCGCCUCCUUCCCGCCCUUCGAGCCCAUCUUCACCCUCCUGACAAACACCACCACCAACACCACCGUCCACCCCCGCGUGCACUACAUCUUCAGCGACGACGACGCCUCGCCCGUCUUCACCGCCCCGCAGACCGACCCCUUACACCGCGCCCUCGUCGUCGACCUCGCUCCGCCUUCCGCGCCCAACGGCAAAUGGAGCGUGUCCUGGGCGUCGAGCCUGACGCCCGACUUUGCCGUCACGAGCUCGCAGCUCUCCCUCCAGCAGCACGGCAGCAACAACAGCGGCGGUGCUCCUAUUGCCGCUGCUGAUAACGGCAACGAGAACGCUGCUACCACGUCCGUCAUGCUUCGCGUCGAGGGCGUGGAGCGCGAGCCCGUCAGUUCGAGGUCGAAUAGUCUUCCUGCUUCGGGAAGCGGCAUCGUCGGCAGGGAGAAUGUCGAGCAGCUCGUCGAGGAGUUUAGGCGGCGGAUGGGCGUGCUGAAGAAGGUUGUCGAGGAAGGGGAGAGGCGGAAGGAGGCGAUGGCGAGGUUACAUGAGGAGGGUGUGCAUUCCGGACAGGGAGAGGAUGCACAGGAUGCACCGCCAGCAGAGCCAACGGGGCCGCCUGUGGUUCUGGAAGAUGACGGUACUGGCUGA